AUGGCAGACCUCGCGCGCGAAGAAGCCGAGCGAUACUUCUCUCAUCGCGACCAUCCCACAUCUCAUCCCGAAGAUCGCGACCGCGACCAGGAUUCGAUACAUUUAUCCGACGACGAGGCCGCGCCUGAGCACGACGACUUCUCGGAUCCAGGCACAGACGACGAAACCGUAGCCAACAUGGCGACCAUGACGAGCACGAAAACCACAUACCAUCUCCCCACACAGACACACUUCGCCAAUACGGGCCCCAAGGGCGUCAUUGCGGACGCCCAGUCCUAUACGCGAGCCAAGCAGUCUACCUUUCGCCAACGGCUGGCCAGCUUCGCCACCAACCUGGCCUCUUCUAACGGAAAAUCCACAGCCUCGACCGCCGUCACAGAGAAAAGGGACAACAAACGACGAUCCAUAUUCGGGACGUCCCCAUCAAAGUCGACCGCGUCUUCCGCGGACUCUGAAAACAUCGCCCUAUCCGACGAUGACGCCGACUCGGAAUUCAUGCGGACAUGGCGCGCCAACCGACAGCAGGAACUCUCCGCGCAGUCCCAGUCCUCCCAGUCCGCGUACCAGAGAAAACCCAGCCAACGAAGCUGGGGCACGUUCCAGGAAGUCGAUGCGAAUGGAUAUCUCGACGCCAUCGAGAAGGUCUCGGACGACACGUACGUGUUGGUGAUGAUCCACGACCCGUCCUCGUCACAGAGCGCCGAGGUCGAGGACGAAUUGGGCAUGCUCGCGUACAAGCACACCACGACGCGCUUCGUCAAGCUAGAUUACGAGGUUGCCGAGAUGGAGGCCGUCCAGAUCCCAGCCGUCCUGGCAUACCGGGCCGGGGAGGUCGUCGCUACAAUAUCCGGCGCCAAAGCCGAGGGCCUAGAAGGUGUACUGUUACAGUGA